UUGGUAAUAAAAAAUACAUGUAACUCGUGGUAACGCAACUUUAAAUGUUUUUUUUUUUACAUGAUAAAAAUAAUAAUAAUAAAUUGUUAAGUGAAAUAUUUUGAUGAGUAAUUAAAACAAUGGAUCCAUUGAAUGUCACAAAGAAUUCAAACAAAAUGUAUGGUUCAAAUGAAGACUCUGAUUUUGCAAUGAUAAGGCGAAUUAAAAUGGAGCCAGAAACAAUACUGACACAUGAAGAAGAUAUUAUGGCACAGUUACAUCAAGAGAGUUCUGAUUUAGAAGUCGAGCCAAGUUUUGUUAUGGGACCAGGUAACGAUGAUGACUGCAGCAAUGACGAUAUUUACAUGCAGCAUAUGGAUAUCAGAGAGCCUUUAUCCACAUUAAGAAUUUUAUUGGAACAGAAAUUAGGCAUUGAAUUAAAAGAUUAUCAAUUUUGGCUUCAAGAUGCCCAAGUGUUGGAAUGCCAUAAAAAUUUAGUUGAUCAAUGUGUCCAAGGUGAAGGACUCGUCCAAGUGAAUGUACAAAUAAAUAUUCCCCAGAAAAAAAUAAACAUCGUUGAUGUUUUAAAACCAGCUGAAGAUUAUGUUCAAGUAGUAGACGACCAAUCUCCAGUACCUGUACAAGAAGAUAAAAAAGUUAUUAAAUGGAUGGUAGACGUUCAAUAUAAACAAGAACAAGAACGUUUAAAAAUACCCGCGGAUCCAGCAGAGUGGUCACAAACUCACGUAAAACAUUGGCUCCAAUGGGCUGUAAGACAAUUUAAUCUCGCGUCAAUCCGUUUAGCCGAUUGGAAUAUAACAGGUGCUCAGCUUUGCGGUCUUACUAUUGAAGAAUUCCAAGCAAAAGUACCAAUUGACAAAGGCGACAUAUUCUGGACCCACUUAGAAUUGUUACGGAAGUGUAAACUAGUCACCGUCAUUCAAAAGGAUCAAGUGACGAGUGAGAGCCUACAGGAAAAUAAUAAGGCCAUGAAAAUACGUAAUCAAAAACCGGCGAAGGCACGAGUAGUUAUAAACCAGCAUUCGCGAUUAAUGGGUUUACCAUUGACAGAACCAACGCCUCAAGUACCUUCGGCAACGUCGAGCCGUGUUGUUAAUAGCAGUCAAAUACAAUUAUGGCAGUUUUUAUUAGAAUUACUGACGGAUCGCGAGCACAAGGAAUAUAUUGAGUGGGUUGGAGCUGACGGUGAAUUUAAAUUACACAAGCCCGAUAAAGUCGCUAAUUUGUGGGGUAAACGUAAAAAUAAACCCUCGAUGAAUUAUGAAAAAUUAAGUCGCGCUCUUCGUUAUUAUUACGAUGGUAAUAUGAUUUCAAAAGUUCAGGGUAAAAGAUUUGUCUAUAAAUUUGAUUGUGAUUUAAAAAAUCUGCUUGGCUAUUCUGCUAAGGAACUGAGUAAUAUCGUUAACGAAACCCCGAAAUAUUGCUGAUUACUAAAUCAUUAUUAUUUUUUUUUUUCAUAAGCUAGUGGCUAGAUACAUUAAUUCAACAAAAAAAAAAAAAUACAUUUUUACACAGAAAAAAAAAAUUUUUUGGCGCAAAAAAAUUUUUAUUCGACCAUAGAAACUUUUUUUUAGUUACAAUAAAAUUUUUGUCUUCAAUUCAAAAUGUAAAAAAUUUAUUGCGCCGAGAAAUACUUUUUUUUAUGUGUAAUUGUAACACAUACAUCAUAUUAAAUUAUAUCACAAUGUUACUAUAGUUAUUAUUAUUAUUAAUAUAAAUAUUUGUGUAUUUUUGUAUAAUUGUAAUACA